AUGCCGUCAGGCGAGGAAGAAGAGCAAUUUCUGAUGGGCCCGUCCAGCCCGGCAGAAGUUCAGUCUAAAGAGCAAAUCGCGACCGGAAAGCAAUCCAAUGCCUCCAUCGUUUAUGGGACUUUCUUUGGUAUGUCCAGCGCUGCCGUCAGCUAA